CAUCCAGAUAGUGGGAGGUCUGACAACCCGAACAAGACAGCGAGCAAGAAAUUCCAUUCCUGUUGAAAUCAGUAAUUCCGAGGAGGAGGAGGCUGCUUUUUUCCUGGUUUUGCUUUUCAGCUGGAUUUUCAAUGUAUGCCAACACUGGACUUCCUAUGGAACUGAAAACAAAACAUUUCAGCUUUUGGAGUAAUUCUGGUAUGUUUUUCUACAUCACGCUAGUGGCAAGAAUUCAGUCAACAAAAGAUUGUGGUCCCUCAACUUCUGGCAUGGACAGCUGAGGAAUAUAAUGCCCAAUGGUGACACAGGGUGAUAAUUUCCUGUUUUUCACUAUUUAUCUCUGUGGUUUUGGACUUAACAAUGGAUAUUCUUUGUGAUGAGGAGAGCUCUGUGAACCCAACAGCAAACUCCUUCAUACAAAUAAAUCAGGAGAGAAGACUCUACAGAAAUGUUUAUGGAGCUGGAGAAAUUAAUAUAUCGCAUCUCAUUAACUUGACUGUGGACUCUGAAAAUCUUACCAAUCUUUCAUGUGAAAGUAACACGAGUCCACCAUGCUACUCUUCCCUGAUUCAGCUUUCACAGAAAAACUGGCCAGCUUUCCUGACAGUAAUAGUGAUUGUUUUAACUAUUGCUGGAAAUAUUCUUGUCAUCAUGGCUGUUUCACUGGAGAAAAAACUACAGAAUGCCACUAACUAUUUUCUAAUGUCACUUGCAAUAGCUGAUAUGCUGCUGGGUUUCCUUGUCAUGCCUGUGUCAAUGUUAACCAUUCUGUACGGAUACACAUGGCCUCUACCUACAAAGCUCUGUGCCAUUUGGAUCUACUUGGAUGUGCUUUUCUCCACUGCCUCCAUCAUGCAUCUCUGUGCCAUCUCACUGGAUCGCUAUAUUGCCAUUCGAAACCCCAUCCACCACAGCCGGUUUAACUCAAGAACUAAGGCUUUUGCCAAAAUAAUUGCUGUUUGGACCAUAUCAGUUGGUAUCUCCAUGCCUAUACCCGUCUUUGGACUACAAGAUAAAUCUAAAGUGUUUAAGAAUUGCAGCUGCUUACUUGCAGACGAGAAUUUUGUUCUAGUAGGCUCUUUUGUGGCAUUCUUCAUCCCUCUGACCAUCAUGGUAGUCACUUACUUUUUAACCAUCAAGUCGCUGCAGAAGGAAGCUAUGCUAUGUGUGAAUGACAUUGGCCCAAAGACCAAGUUUGCUUCAUUUAGCUUCCUCCCUCAGAGUUCCCUGUCCUCAGAAAAACUCUUUCAGCGCUCCUUGAACAGAGACAUGGGGACUUCUGGGAGAAGAACCAUGCAAUCCAUCAGCAAUGAGCAGAAGGCUUCCAAGGUUCUUGGCAUUGUCUUCUUUCUGUUUGUUGUGAUGUGGUGUCCAUUUUUCAUCACCAAUGUGAUGGCUGUAAUUUGCAAGGAGUCAUGCAAUGAAAAAGUCAUUGGAGGACUCCUUAACAUAUUUGUUUGGAUUGGUUACCUUUCUUCAGCUGUCAACCCACUCGUAUAUACACUGUUCAAUAAAACCUACCGCUCAGCUUUCUCUCGUUACAUUCAGUGUCGCUACAAGGAGGAGAAGAAACCUUUCCAGCUGAUUUUAGUGAACACUAUCCCAGCACUUGCAUACGAUUCCAGUCAGCUCCAGCUAGCACAAAUGAAGAGUUUGAAAAAGGAGGCAAAAAUGAUGGCUAAGGAUUACUCAAUGGUCACAAUAGGAAUACAUCGUUUGGAUGGUACCUCUAAGGGAAGUAUCAGCCCAGGGAACGAAAAGGUUAGUGGUGUGUGAUGGCUGGCAGCUGCCAUGACAACCACCGUGUGCUUGCUGAAAAUUUCACCUGGCUGGGAGAAGCUCUGAUAGCUUAGGAAAAUCAGCCCUGUUCAAGAGACUUUCCAAUAACAUCAUAUACUCCUCAUAUUACCCUGUGGAUGAAAAACAGGGUUUUAAUGGUAUCAAAUGUGCAAUUUUUUUUCAUACAGUACUUUGGCUGUUUUAAGCACAGGCUUUAUUAAACUUAUUUUUUUAAUAUUCUAAAGGAUAUAUUUCUUAAAGAAAAAAAUGCAAUUUCUGGUACUAUAAUAUGGGCUGUGAAGAAACUUACGCAUUUCUUUUCUCUUUGCAAAUGAAAGCUAAGCUGUCCUUUGAUGUUCCUGCAGAGUAGGUUCCAGCUAGUUUGUCUUGCUACAAUCGAGUUUUGUUAUCAUUAACUGAAUGAGCACUUUAUCAAAUUUUAAAUAAAAUGAUGGUUAAUUUGCUAAUAUAUAUUUAAAAUAAAUUUUAAACUAUUAAAGAAAAUCUAUUAAAACUGCUAUAGAUUAAUUAUAUGGGCAUUUUUUUAACUGUUUUAUGGUUAUUUUUUCCUUCUGAGUAACCAUUCUGAAAUGUCACUGGGCUUUUCUGCCGUUUGUUCUGUAUUUCAAGUUAGGAAUCUUCAGAGAGAAAUUAUACUUAAAUGAUCCUUUGUUUCUACCACCAUUUGUAAUCUUCAUUUUAUGCAUUGUACUUUAUUUCUGUUCAAAAAUUUCUUGUGUUCAUGUUUCAUGUGUUCAGCUUAAAACUUGAAAGUAAUAUUUUCAAAAGUAAUUAUUUGGAUUGAUUCCCUGCUCCUUCCCACUGGUGUUGUCAGGGAAGUAAAGCGAGAGAAGACUGGAAAACCAGGCACAACAUUGCUAAAUAAUUUCAGGAACUGUUCCAGGUCCAUGCCUCUGUUCAAUUCUAACAAAGGCUGAUUUAAGUUAUGUCAGAGGAAGUUUUGCAUGAGUAAAGAUUUCAGUAAAAGGUUGCAGCGGAUUGUCUCUCGUUUUUGAUUUAAAAAGGCCAUUUUGAAGAAUGUCCUCCUGGUUUUGUUUUAGGAUUUGCAGGGCUAGAAUUAUUAGAAAACUGUUAGUUGCUAAAAAUUGUUUUCCCUAGUUUUGCUGUAUUGCUGUUAAGGCAGAUUGCUCAGGAAUGGUCAGUAACUUGCACUACUAGGACUCAGCCUUAAUGAAAUAUGUAUGGGCAAAUGGGGCUCUCUUGAAAUAUAACAGGACUUUUAAGUGGCACUGUAUUUCACCUGCAUAGUUCCAAGGGCAGAAUACGUUCCAUAAAGAACGUUGUUUGACAGACAUGCCUAGUCAAGAAACUCCUUUCUUUUGGGCAUCACAGCCAAUAUCACUGAAGCCAGUGGGACUUUGCCACAGAGAAGAAAUACAAAUGUUGCAUUCACUGACAAAACUUAAAUCCAAGCAUUUGAUUCAUUCCAUGAAUUUUGCAGCCAUAAUCUCAUUAGAACCAGGAUGUAUUCCAGUUUCUCUGGAAAAAACACUGCCCAUCCAGAAACCAAGCUCCAAUACCUUUAUCAGUCCUUCCCCUGAAGUUUUCAGUUUUCACAGAACAAUUAAAUUUCCACUAAGUCAAAGAAAGAGAAGGACAGA